CGGACUAACUAGCGCUGGCGGAGGAGAAGGAGGAGGAAGCAGCGUAUCGCUCGCGAGAUUACUUAGAUACUGCUCGUGUAUUCCCCGAAUGACACUUACGCCUCCCCCUUUCUCAGCGUUUGGGCUUGCAACUCUCGUCCUCAAGGGGACUUGUUCAAUCGAGUAUAUUGGGGGCGAUUUUCGGAGCCUCGGACGUGGCUUGCCUCGCACGCAUACAUGCCCUGGCGCAAGUUGGCCGCGUUGCGUUGUCGCCAGCGUUAGAACGUAUUUGGAUUCAGUCUGAUCGACGAAUUGGUGAUUUGGGGUGGUGCGCUGUGGGGGUAGUGGAUGUAGUUGGAGCCGGUUAGUUGAGGAGAAGUAGUGAGGGUGCGUGUGUGUGUGCGCGGGAGGAGGAGGUUUGUGUGCUGUGUUGGGUGUUGUGGGGGUGUGUGUUGAAGUUGAGAAUGUUUCUGGAAGUGCACAAAAAGGUUGGUAUGGUAGGAGGGGUGGAGAAUCACAAACGUGCUGCACUCGACUUUGUUGCUGAGCUCACAGGUUCACCGCGUGCCGUGAAUGACAAGCGUGCUUCGGAACACAAUGAAGGCCUUCUGCACGCUGACGAGCUUCCUGUGCCCAUGUUCGGUGUUGACAUGAACAUGCGCUGUACCGUCUGGAAUAGACGUGCAACUGACGCCACCGGCUGGAGUGAAACCGAAGUAUUUGCUAUGCCCAAGUUUACGGCCUCCUUGUUCAGCAACCCGUCGGCUUCUGAUAAGGAUUGCGAAGAUAUUCUGAGGGCUGCUCUUGAGGGCCAGGACACCGUUCAGGAGGUUUGGAAUCUAAAGACCAAGUGGGGCAAGAAUCUCAACGCAGUCCUCUUUGCAAAUGCGCGCGAAGACGGUAUGGGAGUUAUUUGCGUAAUCAUGCCGCUGAGUCCACAAAGCAUCGAACAACCAGCCAUGAAAUUGGACUGCACAGUGGACGCGAUGUGUAAUCUCAGCAUUCUGGACUUAGAGGAGGAGCCGCAGAACAACUGCGAAAGUCCUCGGGGUAGCGAGGAUCUUUUCUUGGCUGCGCUGGAGCAACCGCUCUCUCCAUACUACGGUGAGGUGAGGGACACCAUUUACAUGUACGGUGACCCAGCGAAUACCGUCUAUGAGGCUGAAGGCUCUUCAAUCUGCUCUCAAGAUUGGUGCAAAAGCGAGCAGAGCUCCGAGACCUUACGUGGCGCAGGCAACAGCUUGGGACGCAGCAGCUUGACCCAAGCAAGAGCAAUGGUUGUGGACUCUAACGUCCGGGGCCGCAAGUCACUCAGUCUCAUGCUUGAGCGCUGCGGCUUCGAAGUCUCGUGCGCAGUGAACGGGGAUGAGGGCUUGUACAUCUUCGAGCAGAGCAUGCAAGAUCCCGAGGGCUUCUCGAUUGUGUUCGUCAACCUUGACGGUGCUCGGGCCGACAGUUAUGCUCUGAUCCGGAAGCUUCGGAGCAUGGAAUCUAGUUGCUGCAGCGCAAACAUCACGACCCGAGUUGUUCUGGUGGCAGUCACAGAUCUCGACAGAUGGCAAAGCUCGAACCAGAAGGACGACAUUUCUGCGGGACUGGACGCAAUCAUAAACUACCCUUUGCGAGUGCAACAGUUGCGCGGCGCUCUGAAAUCGUUGGGUGUUCAGAUUGACCACCUCGAUCUCGCCAACAAGUCCCCGCGUGCGUCAUUCAAUUCCUGGAACGACCCCCUCAUCCUCGCUAGAUAGCAUGGCCGACUUAUGUUCCUCUCAUCCUGUAGUUGUAUUCUUUGAUUAUUUCCUAAUCAAAAACUUAAACAAAAACGAAUCGUUUUUAGUUCUUAGACUAGAAUAGCACACAUUUAAAAAUUUCCAUCUGGUUUCUUCCAUCUUUUAAGCGAAGUAAACCAGCUCGGAGAGUCCUCACUCUUUUGCAGUGUGACGUUUAGUGGAUGCUCGUUCGCAGAACUCAGAGUCAAAUUUUUAGGGGAAGGCUACCUGGGAAUAGAGUCCAAUGCUUCGGUUUGUUGUCACGAGCUGGCUUUAUCGGCACAUAUUUAGCUAGAAAUUCCAGUUGUAUUUCAUAGUCGUGAUUUCAAGAUUGAUGAUCUGCCCAUCGCCGAGGGUACUCAUCAUUUGUGUCAGUACAAGAAAAUCUACCACAUCCGGAUGGCUGAGAAGAGUAGCUAUUCAGAGACUAGCCAUCUGUGAUGCUUAAUGUAUGUAAGACUACAUAUUCCACCUUAAAAAGAAGAUAUGAAUAACACGGCCAUCUUUGAGGUCCCAAUUUACGCCUGUACCAAA